AUGAAGUUUCAGAAAGAACUUAAAAGGUAUCACAGCAAUUUGACAGAAAUGUUAGCUGCCACGGACAGCAUGUUCAGAGUGAUCAAGGAAAUGUAUGAACCAACGUGGAUUGGAUACACAGAGUAUGUCGUCGCUACACAGCACCUGCCAUCGUCAUUGGAAGCACUCCACUUGAACAUUAUAGAACAUUUGAUAACUCCUUUCAAUCUCUACAUGUCUCAGUUUCCAGAAAUCAAGGCAAAAAUAAACAAGAGAAAUCGCAAGCUGAUGGAUUAUGACAGUGCCAGGCACCAUCACGAUUCCCUCAUGUCUAAGAAAACUCAAGACACUAAAUCCAUCCAAAAUGUGGCGAAGGAACUUGAGAAAACUCAAAAGAUAUAUGAUGACAUCAAUGCAGAAGUGAAUAAGGAGAUGGCAGAUUUUUAUAACAGUCGUGUGUUUGCAACAGCAACUGCUUUCAAUGCACUAAUCAAUGCUGACCUGACAUACUUCAACGAUGCGGGAAAGAAAGCUGGCAACAACAAUAGGUUUGCUAACAAGAUUGAAUUUAUGUUGAAUUCAUAUUCCGUACAUGACAUAUUGAACAUUUACCUAGCUAAAUCGAUGAAAAGAGCCAUGUUUACAACAACCAUGUCAAUACACUGA